CCAGCUCCGAGACCGGAACCGCCGAGGAACUACAUUGGGGCAUCAAAGCAGGAUCAUAACAGCACCCGCGAGUCAGCCAUUGAAGGUGCAGCUAAUAGUGGAAUCAUGUCAAGCUUCAACACAACCACCACUACUACUCAGCACAGAUACGACACUCUGGCGAGUGAAUUGUCUUCUCAGAAACAUUACAUAGUUCACCAGACAUACGAGCCACAUAAUCAUUUUUCGUCACACAUGGAUCCACCCUUUGUUGUUGAUCAGCUUAGAAGCACAGUCGUUGAUGAAGGACAAACUGCGAGCUUCAGAGUGAGAGUUAUUGGUAGGCCUCAGCCGAAGAUUGUGUGGAUGAAAGAUGAGCGCCCGAUUGAUUUCUCAAAAGAUGGACGCAUCACGCAAGAGAUGCACGGGGACGUGUACAAGUUGAUCAUAAAAGGUGUGAAGAGUACUCACAGAGGGAUCUACGCGAUCAGUGCUGAGAAUGAUUUCGGGAAGGCGUUGAAUUCGGCCGAUCUAGAUAUCACAUCGUGUAGAGCUGUUUCAAAUCCAGGGGCUCCGCGGCUGUCGUCUGGCCUGGCUGACACUGAAUUAGUAGUUGGUCAGACUGUGGUCCUUAAGUGUGUCAUUGAGGGCAAUCCUACUCCACGAGUAAAUUGGUUCAAGGACAACCUGAUGAUCAUGGUCACACCCAGACACAAGAUACAGCAUAAAGGAAGCGAGUUCAGUCUGAUGAUUGAGCAGUUCUCCUCGGUGGACGUUGGAGUGUACAAGUGUCAGGCAUCUAACCAGCACGGCCAAGUCACCUCAUCCGCCUCAGUUGGAUUGGCCAGAGACUCGGGAGACAAGCGAUAUCUGCUCACGCCUGCUGCAAAUGUGUUCACGAGUACGACUGAGCAAAAUACAGAGAUGUACGCGAGAUCCAACUCUGCUGAAGAGCAAACGAAAGUACUUGAGAGACUGAAGGGGAAAAUGAUCCACGAGGGAAAGCCUCUAGCUCUGUCUUGUCGCAUACACGUGUCACCCCCUCCUGUGUCAUUCUACUGGGAAAAAGAUGGACACCUGUUGGAAGAUGACGGAGAGAACAUUAUGAUUAAACGAAAAAAUGAAUACCAGUCAUUGUACAUACCAAAUGUGACUGUGGAUCACGGGGGCAUUUACAGAUGCACGGGAGAGAGUUCGAUUGGGAGUAAGGCAGUGACGGCGGCCGAGAUUAUUGUGAAGCCAGAUCUGGGCCAAGGUGGCACGCCCCUCUCCUCUAGAGCGAACUCCUACGCCAGACUGUACAGGCCCAACAGUCAAAUGUCUCUCAAAUCCUCGAUGCUGAAUGGAUCCGCCCAAGAACUGAACAGACUCAACUUAACCAACAGCAGAAUGGGAUCCCAGGAAGCCCUUUCCAUAAAAGAAGAGGAGGACGAGCGGGAGUUAAAUCAGGACGAAGAUUAUGUCACUAGGUCAGUGGUAACUACUCAGAACCAGUCGACUCACGAGUCUUACCUGAUGCACCAAUCGAAGAACACUUCCGGGGCCGGGUCAAGGUCAACUGCCAGUUUGUACUCUGCUGCUUAUGGCGAUGGAGGCAGUCAGAGUUACACGCACCAGUCGCAGCUGGAUACAGACAGUUUGCAUUACAGGUCCGCCUCGGCUAUUUCUAACGCAUCCUCGAAGUAUCACGGGGGUAGUGGGUUAGAUUCGACGGAGGCUGAUAUUGAGAAAAUGGAGAGACUCAUUCUAAACAAACAGCCCCCUCAGCUUUCUUCCUCCGCUCAACUGAGCACCUCGGACGGACUCCGUGUCGGUGGAAGAGGGUAUGGUGGAAUGGGAGGUAGCAGCAGCAGGGGGUCGUCAUACAUGGACUUGAGGGGAAGCAGCGCCAGACUGCAUUCUACAGACAAUAUGACCUCACCCGGAACUGAUCCAACUGACAUUGACAAACAGGUUCUUAUGCCCCAGAAGGUAGUCAUUCCGGUGAGGUAUUACGAUGCGCGUGCCAGCAAUCCAGACGAGAACACUUUGGAGCGCAAGGAGCGCCAAGUCAAGACAGAGAAUGUGCGCAAAAUGGUCCUGUCACAAACACUCCGAGAAAGUGGAUCGGUGGAGAACUUCGAGGAGAGAGCCAACUUGGUGGAGCAGCAGGCUAAGAUAGGCCAGAUGGCUUCGAAGUUUGGACAGCACAUCGCAUAUCAACGGCCUAUUCAGAGCAGCAGCUACAGUAGCACGACUACCACUGGGGUCUCGAGCAGCUCUUCUCACUCCAUCGUUGGUGUCCACAGAACUUGAUUGAAGGUCAAACUAGAAGUAAACGACGAAAGAUUCUAUCCUUUUUUUGUACAUGGUGUGAUAAAUUUGUAUGUAUAUAUUGUUAUUCAACUUGACUAUGCAAAGGGUCUGCUUUUAUUAGUUACAAACAUAUCAUUUUUGUAAAACAUAUCGUAAUAAAUUAAAAUGUAAAAAAAAAAUCGUUUCUAAUUGUUUUCUACCUAUAUGCGCGAAGUUUGCUCGCCAAAUGAAUCUAGUCUGUUACGUUUGAAUGUUUUGGAAAUAAACAUUUUUUCUUCUAAAUUGCGAGCAAAACAAUCAUAUCAACCAUAUCGCAUCUGUAAUAUAAAAUUUUUUAAAU